UCCCGACUAAGCUGAUAGCAGUUUAGUUUUGGUCGGAUAUCACAACACAACCGAAGAGAAAAUCCCAAAUUCCCCCGAAUUAUAAUUUCCCAUAAAUCCGAUCGUAAACAAACACCGUCUGAUCUUUUAAGUGCAACCUCAUGACAGACGGGCCAGAAGUUGACGACCGUGUGGAUCUUGAAGAGGGUAACUACAGCGAAAUGGAUGAUGAAGCCGAAGAGGAACAGGUGGAAGAGUAUGAAGAAGAAGAUGAUGGUGAUGGUGGCGAUGCAAAUGCUGAAGAACAUGAUGAAGAAGAGGAAUAUGGAGACACAAAGGUGGAGGAUAGGGAAGAAGAUCAAGAUCAGUCCCCUGAAGAGGAUCAAACCCAUAUUGAUAUCGAGGCUACAGAAGACGAAGAGAAACCGGGAUCCCCUGUUAACAAAGAAGAAAGGGAGAAGUACUCCCAUCUUCUUUCACUCCCUCCUCAUGGUUCUGAAAUUUUUAUUGGUGGUCUCCCAAAGGACGUUGGAGAAGAGGACUUGAGGGAUCUAUGUGAACCGAUAGGCGAGAUUUUUGAGGUGAGAUUGAUAAGAGAUAGAGACUCCGGUGAGAGCAAAGGCUAUGCUUUUGUGGCUUUCAAAACAAAAGAGACGGCGCAGAAAGCCAUUGACGAGUUGCAUGGCAAAGAGUUGAAGGGCAGGACAAUAAGAUGCUCCGUCUCCGAAACAAAGAAUAGACUGUUUAUUGGUAACAUUCCAAAGAGCUGGACCGAUGAUGAGUUUAGAAAAAUCAUCGAAAGUGUGGGCCCCGGAGUGGAGAACAUCGAGCUCAUAAAGGACCCAACAAAUCCGUCUCGUAACCGAGGUUUUGCAUUUGUGUUGUACUACAAUAAUGCAUGUGCGGAUUAUUCAAGGCAGAAAAUGAUAGAUGCCAAUUUUAAGCUUGAGGGGAAUACCCCAACUGUGACCUGGGCGGACCCUAAAGCCUCUCCCGAGCAUUCAGCUGCUGCUGCUCAGGUGAAAGCUCUUUAUGUCAAGAAUAUACCAGAGAAUACGUCAACGGAGCAACUGAAGGAACUGUUCCAGAAGCAUGGUGAAGUGACCAAAAUUGUCAUGCCACCUGGAAAGGGUGGAAAACGAGAUUUCGGCUUUGUCCAUUAUGCUGAAAGGCCUAGUGCAUUGAAGGCUGUCAGAGAUACUGAAAAAUACGAAAUCAACGGUCAAGUAUUAGAAGUAGUGCUUGCUAAACCCCAGACUGAAAAGAAAAGUGAUCCCUCCUAUCCCUAUGGAGCGGUCCUUCAUCCUCCUCCCUUUGCCGCUGCUCCUACGUUCGGUGGUUUUGCUGCGGCUCCAUAUGGUUCUCUUGGUGGUGGUGGUUUGGGUGUUGCGGCUAGUUUAAAUCAGCCAAUGAUCUAUGGUAGAGGGCCAAUGCCCACGGGGAUGCAGAUGGUGCCAAUGGUUCUCCCAGAUGGCCGAGUCGGCUAUGUCCUGCAGCAGCCUGGGAUGCAGAUGGCGCCACCACCACCAUCACGACCGGGCGGCAGAAGAGAAUACAGGACCAGUGGCUCAAGCGGAGGGUCAGGCCGAGGCAGCAGCGACGAUAGCAGCCGUGGCCGAAGGUACCGACCUUACUAGGACCAUCACAAAAGGCGGAUGGACCCCAGCAAUGAUGUUGUAUUAGACUUUGUUUGUAGUGUCUGCUUUUGGGAAACCCAAAAACCUAUGGGAUAUAAAUGGAAAUCAAACCCUGUAUUUCUGGUGGGUAACGGAAUUCAAAUUUAGGCAAAUGGGAUUUUGAGGGGUUAGAGUUGAGCUUCAAUUGAUACUAUAUCUAUAUGACCCUACUCUUCUUCUUCUUUUUUUUUAUGGGUAACAGCAUUCGGACACACCUUCCCGAAUUUUUUUUUUC